AUGGCCUCGCCACAAGCACGCCAGCCCACGGGGAUGAACCCCAUCUCCUUCCACCUGGACCGCCCAUGCCUGGAAUGCGCCCUCGCCGUCGCCGCCGACGCGACACAGCCACACCAGAGGAAUCCUGUGGACGAUGUCUCUGUAGUGCACUUUGAAGCCAAGUCUGCAAGAGAUGGCGCAUGGUACGAUGUUGCUGCCUUUCUUCUUCAAAGGGGGUUUGAAACAGGUCAUCCGGAAGUGAAGGUUCGUUUUUCUGGACUUGGAGGAGAGGCAGAUGAAUGGGUUAAUGUUCAUGAAUGCAUAAGACAGUGUUCUCUUCCUUAUGAAGCAAGACAAUGUGCUAUUGUGGUUCCUGGGGAUCACAUUCUUUGUUUUCAGGAAAGGCAAAAGCAGGCUCUCUAUUUUGAUACACGUGUGGUUGACCUUCAGCGGAGAAAUCAUGAUUCAAGAGGAUGUCAUUGCAGAUUUCUUGUACGCUAUGAUCACGAUCACUGUGAGGAGAUUGUUCCACUCAGAAAGAUGUGCCGCCAGCCAGAAACGAACUGCAGACUUCAAAUUAUGAGUGCAAUGACCAGGGGUGAGGAGGCCUCUACAGAUCUUGGUGCUCUAACAAAAAGGGAGUGA